AUGCUUACCUUUUUUGGUUGUCAGAUCUUCGGGUGUGGGCUGAAGCUGUGGAAGCUCGAGGGAGAGAAACAGGAGGAGGCGAGGGAUCAGUUCAUUCGGGCACUCAAGGUCUUGGAAGGUGAGUUAGGGGCGAAGAAGUACUUCGGCGGCGACACCUUUGGCUUCGUCGACAUCAUCCUCGUCCCUGUCGUGGCCUGGUACCGCACCUACGAGCUAUUUGGAAUCUUCAGGACGGAGAUACAAGCUCCGAGGCUGAUGGCGUGGGGCAAGCGGUGCAUGGAGAGGGAGAGCGUCGCCAUGUCGUCGCUUCCUGACCCCCACAAGGUUUACGAGUUCGUGUGCUUCCUGAGGAACAAGAACCCCGGGUUGCAGCCAUUCUAG